GCGUCUUCGCGUUUAUCUUGUUUAUAAUAUUAUACUCUACUCUAUGUUUAUCACAGUUUAUCACCUCUUAUCGCUACCGCUUGGUAUUAUUCCCAAUUUCCUCUAAAACUAAAUUAAACUCCUCAUAAUCUUCCACUAUGUCGGUGCACAAGCGCGAUAGAAGCGUCAACUUUACACAAAAAGAAGUGGAACUACUAAACGAGUUAUUAGCCGCUCAUAUACACAUUAUUGAGAACAAGAAGAGUGAUGCGACGGUCUGGCAAGAGAAGGAACAGUCUUGGGUGACCAUAGAGGCCCAGUUCAACAGCAGAAGUGGCGAGUACUUCCGAAGUGCCAAGACGUUGAAAGCCAAGUAUGAGGGCAUGAAAAGGAUUGAAAGGAAAAAGGCAAGGACACUUGGUAAUUGCCAGCCAGAGGGUUCUAGCCCCGCGGGAGGGCCUAGUUUUACUCCUAAGUUUGCUGGUGCUGCAUUCAAGAAGUCCCAUUUCUCUAUGAUAAUGAAGUACUGCAUACAGCUGAUCUGCAAGCAUGGUCCGGCCGCAGACCGGGUCAUCAACGACUCUGCUUUCCAGCAGAUCCUCGCGCUCACCUCGCUCACAGAGGAAGAGCGGGGACGGGUCACCUCUGAGAAUGUGAGAGCUAUGAUUGAGACUGGUGGUGAAGAAGACUACAGUGAAUUAGAUGAUACAAGAAGUGGAAUGGGAGACGAUGAUGACACUGAGAAUGAAACUGCAGCACCAGUAUCCAUAAAGCAGGAGGUUGAAGUGAGCUACUGGCCUGGCUCUGAUGAAGAGGAUGAAGGAAACCAUGAGUCAUGCACUGACUACUUGAAGCACUACCGGAUAUCAUCAUCAAAUGAGGCGACUUGCACAAUAUGUGACAAAACAUUCACUCACAACUCUGCGACUACCCUCAAAGAACACCUGUGGUCCAGCCACCCGUACGCCACUGGCAUAGGAGAUGAAGACGAUGAAGAAAAACAGAAAGAUCCACUGAAACCACCGACAGAAAUAAAACACAUAAAAGAAAAUCCACAACCCGAAACCCCGCCAGCCAAUAAGAAGCGCAAGAUCGAACCACCUGUCAACAACGAACCAAUCACGACGCAGCACGACGCUUCCUCAUUGGACAGAUUCAAGGGCAUAGACCAUCCACAUCAAGAGUUCAAGAGUCUCGACCAAUUCGGCCUCUACGUGGCCUCGUUGCUGAAACUGCUGCCCAGGAAGAGGUGCAUCAAGUAUCAGAACCAGAUAGUGGACAGGCUGUUGAAGGACCUGGCGGCCGCCGCCUAGUGUAGGUGUCUUGUUUUUGGUGUCACAAGUUAAAACCUCGUUUAGCGGAAGUUUUACAGGUAUUUCACAGAAUAAUCAACAUCCUGUAUGU